UUCGCUUCAUUUUCCUUCAAGCUUUGAGGAGUCGGUAGUGGUUUAGGAGAUCCGUGACACCAGCCCAGCUGUUUUUUAAGCGGAAAUCAAUUUAUUUAUAACAAACUUAUAUCGAAAUUCAUUUGAAAACAUGCGUCUUCUGCUGUCUUUCUUGGUGAUCGCUGUUUUCAGCGCAAACGCCUUCGCUAAGAAUUCUCCACCUAAAAUCCAGGUUUACAGCCGUAACCCUGGUGAAUUUGGCAAAGAUAACACGCUGAUCUGCCACGUAAGCGACUUCCACCCCCCAGACAUUGAAAUCAAACUGAUGAAGAAUGGUCAGGAGAUUCCAAAUGCCAAGCAGACCGACCUGGCCUUUGAGCAGGGAUGGAAGUUUCAUUUGACCAAAAGUGUGCCCUUUAAGCCCGCCAGCGGUGAUACAUACACCUGCGAUGUCCGACACCUGGCGGAGAAAAAGACUAUCACAUGGGAGCCAGACAUGUAAAACUCCUGCUCUUCAUUCCGGGUCUCUCCACUGUUUCUAUUAUCGCACAUACAAACCAUCAAUUCAUCUGUCCUCAGUAAAAUAAAGUCUGUAUAUCUGUCUGUAUCGGGCUGGGAGAUAUGGAACAUUCGAAAACCAUUAUGAAAUGAUUAUAAAUACGCAGUAUGAAAUAGGGUGUUCGGUUUCACCGACAAAGAAACAAAAAUAUUGCUCUUUUUGAUGAGAAAGCAUGAAAUAUUUGAUUCAGCAGUCACUAACAUUUUCAACAAGAGACUGGAUGAAAAUAUAUAAAAAAAAAAAAUUUUGACACUAUAAAAGCCAAAAAAAAAAGAAAAUAAACAAACAAUAUGUAUGUACAAUUCUAUCGCCCAGCCCUGUGUUAUUCACUUUUUAGAUAAUCACUGCAAUAUCUUUACAGUUUCUUAUGUAAUAACUACAAUUUUCUCUAGUCUGAAAAGUAACCUGCUUUGAAAAUGUAGAAAAUGUUUUUUUCUUUUAAAUAUUACAUAAUUGUCACCUAUCCUCUUUUUUUUCUGACUUAUUUCUGAUUCUUAAGGGUUGUAAAAGUAAAUAGUUAUAUUUUGUGUUUGUUUUAAUGACCUUUCUUUUAACUGUUUUUUAAACUUACAAAUUAUUGCUAGAAAAUUAUGAUGAUGAUGAUCAUGUCAUUUUACAAUGGUAAUGGAUAAUGGUAAUUGGUACCAAAGAUGAAUUAAAGAUUUUGUCCUUUCCCCAA